AGUGGUGCUUCAAAUAGGCACAAUUAUUUUGCUGUCAAAUAUAUGGAACAGCCUGUCCAGUGGUAUAUAAACAGGGCAUUCGAUUGCAGCCCCCACGGCUCCCAAGGCCAGGGGUGGCAGGGCCAUGCUGCCCGCGCCACUCGCACCCAUCGACUCAGCCAAAACACGCGCCCUCACAACUAUUUACGCGCCGCGGAGACAAAACACACGCAAAAACAAAACGGCGCAAAACAGAAUGCUGGAGAAACCAAUCAAGUCGAACCUGUCACCUUUCCAUCCUCUACCAUCAAUUGGAAAAACUUUACAAUCAAAAGUUAUCGUAUUGGAUCUCAAUAACGACUCGCGACCAUUCCGGGAAGUUUUACAACCGCUCACCCCACUCAGUGUUCACGGAUACCGAAAUCCCGAGCAGAGAAAAUCUCAGACACCACAACAUUUGAUCCGGGAAAAUACAUAUGAUGUGAUUGAACCCAUCUAUAUAAACCCUUCAAAAAUUAAGAGUAUUACUCAGAAAACAGACCAGCAGCAUGUGCAGAAAGUGUCGCCAAAGACUCGAUUCAAAAAUGCAGCUUUACAAGUAGCUAAAUUAAAUGCAGUGGCUGAUACUGGUAAAUUAUUGUGUUUAAGGGAACGAGAGACUUAUUCGAUAUGUUAUAAAGACGAUAAUAGGUUACAGAAACUGCCACAGUCGACGCCGCAUCAGUUGAAUAAACUGACGGAAAUGUUUCAGAGUCUGGAAUUCAGAGGACGGAAAGAUAGGAUGAAGAAAGAAAAUAAUUGGUUUUAAUCAAGGUCUUGUUUCAUGCCCUAGCCUUAAUGUGGCUUAUGAGCUGAUAGUGCCAUGUGUCUACUUACUUAAGUAUUACUUUAAAAUGUGUUGUGAUUUGCAGUGAAGUUUAAAUUUUGUUUUUCUGGAGAUUUUAUAUUUGCUCAAAGUUUAAGAGUUUAUUGGUGAGUGUUUUCUA